AGAACCGACCGGAAGUUUGCCUGUCAGCAUGACGCCAUACUAUGUAGCUUCUGGUUAGCCGACUUCAUUACAACAAACCCGACAGUUUAUUGCAGAGAAGGGGCUUGUCCCAGUUGAUGCACAACCUGGAUAAGGAAGUCGCAACAUGAUGGUCCCCAUCUUCACACUGAAGCUGAACCAUAAGAUUAACCCCCGCAUGGUGGCUGUUGGGAAGUUUGAUGGAGUGCACCCAUGCCUUACAGCAGCCACGCAAGCUGGAAAGGUUUUCAUCCACAACCCUCAUGAUCGCGGUCAGAGAGCUGCGACCCAUCGACUGAGUCAGAGCACCCAGGACUCUGACAUCUCUCUUCUCAACAUCAACCAGGCUGUAACAUGUUUGACUGCAGGAACACUGGGACCAAACACCACCGGAGACACGCUCCUUGUGGGCUCUCAGACCAACCUUUUGGCCUAUGAUGUUCACGACAAUACGGACGUAUUUUACAGAGACGUGACAGAUGGAGCUAAUGCUAUUGUGUUGGGAAAACUGGGAGACAUCUCCUCUCCUCUGGCCAUCAUCGGAGGGAAUUGUGCAUUGCAAGGAUUUGACUAUGAAGGGAACGACCAAUUUUGGACGGUAACUGGUGAUAAUGUUAGGUCUCUGGUGCUCUGUGACUUCACUGGAGAUGGGAAAAAUGAGCUUCUUGUUGGGUCUGAAGACUUUGACAUCAGGGUUUUCAAGGAGGAUCAGCUUGUGUCAGAGAUGACUGAAAACGAGACAGUGACGUCAUUGUGUCAUAUGCAUGGCAGUAGGUUUGGCUACGCUCUGGCUAAUGGCACCGUUGGAGUCUAUGACCGCACAGCCCGCUACUGGAGGAUCAAGUCUAAGAACCAUGCAAUGAGCAUCCAUGCCUUUGACUUGAAUGCCGACGGAGUUGUGGAACUCAUUACUGGCUGGUCCAAUGGAAAGAUUGAUGCACGAAGCGACCGCACAGGUGAGGUCAUCUUUAAAGACAAUUUCUCCUCAUCUGUCGCUGGAGUGGUGGAAGGGGACUACAGGUUAGAUGGACAGAAACAACUCAUCUGCACCUCUAUAGAAGGAGAAGUUCGCGGUUACCUGCCAGCCAGUAAGGAUUUAAAAGGGAAUCUCAUGGACUCCAAUACUGAACAGGAUCUUAUUCGGGAGCUCAGCCAGCGCCGACAGAAUCUGCUGCUUGAGCUUCGCAACUAUGAAGAAAAUGCCAAGGGCGUGCCACAGACAAACAGCAGGAUGGGUGUAAUACCAGCCAACACUCAGUUGCAGACAGCUCUGUCUGUCAGAGCUGCUACAGAGGCCCAGAAGGCUCAUGUAGAGCUCAGCAUCUCUACUCCUAAUGAAACAAUCAUUCGUGCAGUUCUCAUCUUUGCUGAGGGAAUAUUUGAAGGUGAGAGUCAUGUUGUUCAUCCCAGUGUCCAGAACCUGUCGGGCUGUGUCCAAGUUCCCAUCGUCCCACCUAAAGAUAUACCAGUGGAUCUGCACAUCAAAGCUUUUGUUGGGGGGAGGACCAGCAAUCAGUUCCACGUGUUUGAAAUCACUCGCCAGCUGCCUCGUUUCUCCAUGUAUGAGAUCACAGAGGACUCGUCUGCUGCUCCUCCUGCUGGAAGAGUCUCCUUCAGCAUCAAUGAGCGACCCCAGAGGGUGGUAAUGUGGCUCAAUCAGAACUUCCUGCUUCCAGAGGUGAUAGAGAGUCCUAAUGUUACAUUUAAUUCCCUCCGUGGAGGAGGACUCAUGUCUUUUCAUAUGGCCAGUAAUGGACAGGUCACCCUGAGGACCAAUGAUAUUGAUCUAGCAGGGGAUCUGGUCCAGUCCCUCGGUUCCUUCAUGGCAAUAGAGGACCUGUCAGUGGAAGCAGACUUUCCCUCAUACUUCGAGGAGCUUCGCACAACACUCACCGAGGUGGACGAGUUUCACUCUGUGCAUCAGAAGUUAACCGCUGAUAUGGCCGACCACUCCAACUACAUCAGAAACAUCUUGGUCCAGGCAGAGGAUGCUCGCCUCAUGGCUGACAUGACAACAAUGAAGAAGCGUUACAGAGAGCUAUAUGACCUGAACAGGGAUCUCAUCAAUGAAUACAAGAUCCGUUCUAACAAUCACAACGCCCUCCUGGCUUGUCUCAAGUCUGUCAACCAGGCCAUCCAGCGGGCAGGUAGACUCCGGGUGGGAAAACCCAAGAACCAGGUGAUCGCUGCGUGCCGGGAUGCCAUCAAGAGCAACAACGUCAAUGCCCUCUUCAGGAUCAUGAGGGCUGGCACUGCGUCUUCUUGAGGCCGAUAGGAGGACAGCAUGCAGGAAUCCACCAGUAAAACUGACGUUGACGAGCGCUAUAAAGGACAAGUGUAAUGGAGUCUGGGACAAACACUGGUUCAGCCUUACAUUAAAUGAAGCACCAACCUGGCAGCAACACUUGGGACCACCUCCGUGAAACAUGAAACUGUAGGAGAAAUGAGAACAAACCCAGAGCUGUGGUUUAUAGUGUUUCUGGUUAGAAGGUGACAUUGUGCAGCAGUUUACCACAAUCUAAACUCACAGUUCUGUCUGCAUCGUUAGUUGGGGGUUAAACCUGAACAAAGUAGUUUAGUCUUUUAGUACCGUUCCAGGCGAUGUUGCACAUGUGUCUAAAAAUGUUUAAACUUCAAGAAAAGUGAUCUGAAUGCUUUCACUGUGCUGGACCUGAUCCCUGGUUGUUGAAUCCAGCUGACACAGUGAGGUUUGGAGGGAAGACAGCUGGACGAGACGCAGAGCAGCUUCAGAAUCCCUGUCGGUUCUGAGCUUUCAGCUCUCCGAGUCUUUUUGUAGCCAAAGAAUAAUUAUACAUAUUUUGUUGAAACGAGUGUGUGUAUCUUGGUUAAGUUUUGUAGAUUGUGAUUUUGUGAUUGUUGUGGAAUUCCUAUUAAAUUGAUUCAAGUUUAAAA